AUCCAUCUAUCCUCCCCCAUUUUCCCUGACACAAAAUCUAACACAUUCUGCACAAUCUACACGCAGAUAAACAAACCUAUGGAAAAAUACUGCCAUCCCCCAUCACGAACGGUAGAGAUAACUAUUUUAUCCGGCGAAGAUCUCCGGAUCGACCGGAGAUCCAUACAGAAGAAUGCCUUCGUCGUCGUACGAUGCGACGCGAACAACUUCCGAACGACGGAGAUGGACGGCGAAGGCGGAAGCUACCCUAAGUGGAACGAGAGGCUCAUCCUCGACCUGCCGGCCCAUGCGCAGGCCGUGACACUCGAGGUGCACUGCAAGACCGCGUUUGGCAACAAAGUUGUCGGGACGGCGUCGGUUCCGGUGUCCGAUUUUGUGGGCGGUUACGUGCCAGAGAGUUACUUGCAUUUCUUGAGCUACAGAUUGAGGGAUUCUAGAGGCGUGAGGAAUGGAAUUAUCAACAUUUCCGUGAAGAUGAAGGACCCGGCAGCGCCACAGUAUUCGUUUUCGGCAUCGGCGUCUGCGGCGGAGCAGACGACGGUGGGCGUGCCGGUGGGGAGGAGUGACAAUGGGGUUGGCGUUGUGACUGGGGUUCCUGUUUGGUGUGCGUAUAAUAGUAGAAACUUUUGAACAAGCUAAUUAGGAAGUUUCGUCACGUUUGGUUUUGAAGAAGUCUCCAAAACUGGAAAGUAGAGAGUCGUUUUUUUUUUUUUUUUUAAUAAGAGAAGUACUAGAAAGUUUACGACAUAAACCAGUAUUUGCAUUAGAGGUAUUUACACUUGAGUGAUGGAUUUUGGUUAUGGAAGGAUAUCAUGUAAAUAUAUAUUAAUAUACAAUAUAAAAGAAGCUUCGUUAAUUUGUACUUGAGACUUAAAAAGUGGAGUUCCUAGAUUUGUUGUAUACAUGUUACUAUUUAAUUUCUGUUUCUAGGAAAGAUAUCAUUGUUUGCGCGUUAUUAAUUGGGUAUAUUUACAUACAA